AUGCGUCUUUCAAACACCCCCUCCGUGGCCUUGAGCCUAUUGCUCGCUGGAUCUGCCUUCGCAAAGUACGAGUCUUGUUCGUUACUCGGACCAGAUGUACCCAUCCCAAAAGCUGUGUCGCAGUCAUCUGCGUUCAAAGAUGCCCUUGUUUCUCUGAAGAAAGCGAUCUCCGAUGCCAUUGGAACUGGGAAAACGGCGUACGGCAACCUAGAUGCGAGUGAGACUUCUUUUUCCCUCGACAUCUUCUCCGUCCACGAGGAGGAUGCCUUGUUCACCUACCACUACGACGCACCUGAACUCCCAGACCCCAAGGAAGGCGUGAAGAAAUUAGACUCCAACAGCAUCUACCGACUAGGCAGCAUUUCCAAGCUCCUGACUAUGCAAAUCUUCCUCGCUACCGUCGGUGAUAUCUCAUUCAACGAGCCCAUCACCAAAUAUAUCCCGGAGCUGGCGGCAUUUGCAACACAGCACGCAGCAGAUGACGAUAUCGACUUCAUGGACUGGGAUUCGGUAACUAUCGGGGCUCUCGCCUCCCAACUUGGAGGAAUUCCGCGAGACAUUGCAGGUUCUCCUGAAAGCGACGCGCGGGCAAUAGAUGAUCUCCCCGAUGGCGUGCCAGCCCCAAUCUUCUCGCCCUUACCUGAAAAUAUCACCGAUGCCGAGUGCCCAAAUUUCGAUGCCGUACCUUGCACGAGAGCCGGUGUACUCGGAAGCAUCAAUGUUCAGCACCCGGCAUUCGCCCCGUCUUGGGGGCCGGCAUACUCUAACGUGGCAUAUACUCUGCUGCAGUACGCACUGGAGGAUAUGUCAAAGCAGUCUUUCCCAGAUCUCUUUGCCUCGAAGUUUAUCAAGCCGCUGCAACUAAAAGAUACCUACUACUCAAAUGCUCCCAUAAGCCAAGGCAUCGUCCCCUACAAUGACACAGAGGCCCAGUACACCAACGAUCUGAUGGCUCUUUCCCCCGGCGGCGGUUUCUACUCCACAACUAACGACAUGCGAGCAAUCGGCAAAGCGAUACUCAACUCCACACUACUAUCCCCAGCACAGACUCGCCGCUGGAUGAAGCCCCUCACCUUCACCGCAAACGAUGCCGUGCUCGUCGGUGCACCCUGGGAAAUCCUCAAGGCACCCUUACCUGAGCGGGCCACCUGGAUGUACACGAAGGGCGGUGACAUCGGUGUAUAUUCUACUCAGAUAAUUCUCCUUCCCGACUACGGCAUCGGUUUCAACAUCCUGGCAGCGGGAGACAAGGCCAAAGAGGUCAAUCCUAUAAUCGCCGACUUCGUUGCUGCCAUUGGUAUCCCAGCCUUCGAGCAGGCCGCCAAAGAAGAAGCAGGCAACGUGUACGCUGGCACUUAUACCCGACCUGGGUCGAAUGACACCUUGGUCCUCGCCGUGGAUAAGAAUCCAGGCCUGCUUGUCUCCCGUUUCCUUAUUAAUGGUACGGACGUCGUGACUAGUUUCGGUGGCGAGGGUAAGCAGCUCCGAGUGGUCCCCAGUGGGCUGCACGGCGGGAAAGGAAAGCGGCAAGGGUUCCGGGUGGUUCUUGCACAGAAACCGUCGCCUGAAGGUGCGUUUGUGAAUACUUGCACGGAUUGGUAUAUAGUAUCUGCAGAUGUGAUUGCAGGGGUGUCGCUGGAUGAUAUAGUCAUUACUUUGAACGCGGAUGGGGACAAGGCGGUGGAGGUGAAUGCAAGGGGGUAUAGAGUGGCUUACUCGAGAUCUUAA